AUGUCACCAACCGACGUCACGCAGCUCUGCCUCAACGACUGCCUGCUCUCCGAGGAUGCCCUGAAGGCACUGUGCCUAGGCCUGUGCCUGAACACAUCGGUGGAGCUGCUGGAGCUCCGGGGUAACAACGUGCGCGGCCCAGGCACGGAGCACCUGGCCACCCUGCUCAAGAAGAACGGCCGCCUGCGCGCGCUCACACUCGAGUGGAACAACCUCGGCCUGAGCCCGCCGUCGUUCCGCGUGUUUGCCGACGCGCUGCGCACCAACCGAGGCUUGACGUCGCUGGACCUGCGCAGCAACCAGCUGGACCACCAGUGCGCGGCGUACGUGGCGCGCGCCGUGGCCUCCAACCGCCACCUCAGCCACCUCGACCUGCGCUGGAACGGCGUGGGCGUGCUGGGCGGCCGCAGCCUGGUCGACGCCCUGCAGGCCAACAGGUCACUGACCUCGUGUCCGGUGGACGGUAACGCCCUGCCGCCCGACCUCGCCCAGGCCAUCGCUCUCCGGGUCCGCAACAACCAGGAGCUACUGGAGUCGGAGCGGCACCAGGCGACCGAGCGCUCCCUCCUGACGGCGCAGAUUCAGGUGGAUGGAGUGUUCCGGACUCUGGAGACGGAGCGGGCGUCCUUCUCAGGAGUCCAGGCGUGA